AUGGUGAAACCUUACUUGGGCCUGCGAGGCAAGAGCCUUGUGCGUGCGAUGAUCAUCUCGGUUGUCAUGCCGUCCUAUUUCAUGCUAGGUUACAACAAUGCCGCUGCCGGAGGCUUGCUCGAGCUUGACACCUUCGUGGAACAGUUUCCUAGCUUGGAUACUGUGCACACGGAGGGAGCUAAGAAGGCGCAGAACGCACGCAUUCAGGGUACCAUCGUGGCGCUUUAUACUGUCGGAUGCAUGAUAGGAUCUCUUUGCUGCCUCAAGCUUGGUGAUAUAUUUGGACGCGUUAGAACCAUCAUGAUCGGAGCUGUGGUAACGGUGAUCGGAUCUAUUCUCCUUUCAAGCAGCUUUACAUUGGCUCAACUGCCCGUUAGCCGCCUAGUAUUAGGAAUCGGGUUCGGAUGCAUCACGUCUACGGUGCCAGUCUGGCAAUCGGAAUCUUCCCCGGCGGCGCACCGUGGAGCUCUUGUCUGCCUUGAGGGACUCUUUGCCAGCGGCGGUUUGGCCAUUUCACAAUGGAUAGAGCUGGGACUCUCAUUCACCGAGGGGUCCAUCAAUUGGCGGUUCCCAUGGGCGCUGCCCAUCUUGUUUGCUGCUUGGAUUCUCAUCUGCAUCCCUUUCCUCCCAGAUUCCCCUCGCUGGCUGGUCAAGAAGGGGCGAGUGGAAGAAGCCAGUCGUAUCCUGGCUAUUCUGGCCGACCUCCCUGAAGGCUCUCCAGAAGUUGCGGCCGACAUUCAGGAAAUGCAAGAAUCCCUGGCCGAAAUGGGCAAGGGAAGCCUUCUUGGUCUUUUCCGCAACAAGGGUGACAGACUCUUGAAUCGAACCUUUCUGGCCAUGUUUGCCACAUUUUCCCAGCAAAUGAACGGAGCUGGCGUUAUCGGAUUCUACACCACCACGAUCUUUGCUGAAUAUGUCGGCCUGCCACCGUUGAUAUCCAGAAUCCUCUCCGCUUGUGUAUUCACGUGGCAAAUCGUCUGCUGUCUGGUUCCUUUCUAUACCGUUGACAGAUUUGGACGCCGAGUCUUGAUGAUAAUUGGUUCUGUUGGAAUGGGUGCCACCUUCAUUCUCCUUUCCGCCACUAUUGCUUACGCGGAACAGAGCCGGGCUUGUGCUAUCGUUGCCGCAAGCUGUGUCUUCAUCUAUGGCUUCUUCUUCUCGAUUGGUGCUUUGGGUGUCAACUACCUGUACGGCACCGAGGUUGCACCUUUGUCAUACCGUGUGCCCAUCUACGCCUUGAGUUCAACGACGCUCUGGGCCUCCAACUUCCUUGUCGUUGAGAUCACGCCCAUUGGUGUCGCAAACCUGGGCUACAAAUUUUUCAUCAUUUUUGCUGUCUUGAACCUUUGCUUAAUACUACCUGUUGUCUACUUCUUCUUCCCUGAGACACGUAUGCAGACUCUUGAAUCUCUGGAUUUGGUAUUUAGUAGCGCCAAGUCGCCUUUCCAUGUGGUUCAAAAUGCCAGAGAUAUCUCUCGGCAGGCAUGGGGUCGCAAUGAUGUUACGGAGAUUGGAAAGACGGAAUUAUCAGAAGUAUCCCAGCAUGAACUUUGA